GUGUCAGUGAAAGAACUUAGUCUGUUCCCCCCUUGCGAAAAUGUGCCGGGCCGCUCCGAGAAUGAGAAGGCAGGUACAGGCAGUACCGGUACUUGUUCGUCUUCUCAUUGCAUGCCUCCUCUGGGCAUUCUCUCUACGUUCUCCCACUGUGCAGGCUCAAGCGGUUGAAUCAGUUCGUCCAAAGGCAAGACCAUCCCCAGUAGAGACCGCCCAUUUGUACCCUGGAAACAUGGGACCUAUGUUGGGCAAAGAAAAGAAGACGCGAAAAACUCCAUCGGGCCCCAAUCCCACCGGAAACCAUCGGCCCCCGACAAGACACUGAAACCAUUGAUGCGCUUCUACAGCACAUGAAUGGAACUACAACCGCAACUUAAUAAGGAUCGACUAGAGGGGAGAGCUUGGUAUAGUCAGGUAGGUUAGGAGAUCAGUACGGUCAGAGCCUUAUGUUCUUGUACAGAAGUUGGAUUAGAUGGAACAUCCAUGUUCACACGAUCUGCUAUUAGCCAUGAGAUGCACUGUUAAUGGAAGCAAGAAACAUGAAAGCCCCAAAGACGUUUUGCUUUUGUGGACAUUUAUUUUCAGUUUAAAUUAUUGUUUAUGAAAGUGAGAAUUUCUUUGGGCAUGCUCAUCACAA